AUGGUCACGAGGAUCGCCUUCUUGGCGGCGAUUCUAGCUGCUUCUGCUUCCCCGCUGACCAGGAAAGCCAUCAUUGACGACUGUCUCGCCGCAGCCGAGGUCCCUUACAACGAAAAGGAUUCUUCUCAGUGGGUUGCUGAUGCGGCGCCUUUCAACGUCAGAAUACCGUUCGUGCCCGUAUCCAUAGCCGCCCCUCUCACGACAGAGCACAUCCAAGCAGCCGUCAAAUGUGGCCGAGAUAACGGCGUCAAAGUGACCCCUAAAAGCGGCGGCCACAGCUACGCCAACUUUGGCUUCGGUGGUGAAGACGGACACCUGGUGCUUGAACUUGACCGCAUGUACAACGUCACCCUCAAUAAUGCCACCGGAAUUGCCACCGUGCAAGCGGGUAGCAGACUUGGGCAUGUUGCGACUGAGCUAUACAAGCAAGGUGGAAAGGCCAUAAGUCACGGAACCUGUCCAGGUGUUGGUGUAGGUGGUCACGUCCUUCAUGGCGGAUACGGCAUGAGCGCGCAUACCAAAGGCCUGGCCCUAGACUGGUUAGUGGGUGCCAAAGUCGUACUCGCCAACAGCACCGUCAUCAACGUCUCUGAAUCCGAGCACCCAGGCGUCUUCUGGGCCUUGAAAGGUGCUGGCAGCUCCUUCGGCGUCGUCUCCGAAUUCUACUUCAAGACAUUUGAUGCCCCGAAACAGGCGACCAACUUCGCGGUCGCGCUUCAAUGGGAUUCAGAAAAGGCGGUUGACGGGUUCAAGAAGCUGCAAGCCUGGGCUGAGACCACGAUGCCGAAUGAGCUCAACAUGAGACUGGCCAUAUCAUCCUUCUCAACAACCUUGGAAGGGAUGUUCUACGGCAACAAAACAGGUCUACAAGCGGCACUCAAUCCCUUAUUGGCAACUAUAGGAGGGCGAUUGACAACCUCGCAAACGACAGACUGGCUUGGCCAUCUGCAGCACUUUGGCAAUGGCAUGGCUCUUGAUCAAAAGGACAACUACAAGUUGCAAGAAAACUUCCAUUCUUCAAGUCUGUAUACAGACAAGCUCUCAGAUGCGCAAGUUGAGUCCUUUGUAGACUACUGGUAUACUGUCGGCAAGUCUAUGAGGAGAUUCUGGUGGAUUCAAGUUGACCUUCACGGAGGCAAAAACUCGGCAAUUUCUCAGAUAGCUGAGAAUUCGUCGGCAUACGCAUACCGGAGCAAGUUGUUGCUGUACCAGUUCUAUGACCUUGUCGCCUUAUCAGCCACCUACCCCGAAGACGGAUUCUCGUUUCUCGACCAGUUCAUCGCGAACACCACCGUAGGUAUGGAACAGGGCGCUCGCGGGAUGUAUUUUAGCUACCCGGACGCAAACAUGGACCAGGAUAGAGCUCAAGUAGAAUAUUGGGGGUCCAAUGUUGCAAGGUUGCAGGAGAUCAAGGAAGAAGUUGAUCCAGAAGAGGUCUUCUACUUGCCUCAGAGUGUGAGACCGGCAAGUUCCGCUGAUUAG